UCAAAAUCCAAGCUCCUCCACUCUCCCAUGGCCUCGCCCAACCUCUACCCCAUCGUCGACGACAAGGACCUAGACGACGCCGCUUUGUGGGCAGUCAUCGACUCCGCCGCCGCCUCACACUCCUCCUCCAAGUACAAGCCCCAAUCCCGCAAGCCCCUCGCAAUCAAAUACCCAAAUUACCCUUCGCCUCCACCGAAGCUCUUCAAGACCCCGCGGCUCCCCUUCUCCGACGACUCAGGCUCAAAGUCGUCGUCGACGGAGGGCGAGGUCGCGAGGAAAAUCGCCAGAACCUCUUCUUCUGGAGUAAACGACACCAGUCCUCUUGUCGUAGUCCGAAAUGUACAGCGAACGACGCCGACCACCCCUACGACGCCGUUUUACUCGUCCCCGGAGACGCACGUGUCGCCUGGCAUCUGGAAUUAUGCUAGCCCUGUGAGCUAUGCCCAGAGAGAUGAGAGGGAUAAUAGCUCUGGCUCUGUGCAUAGCUUGACCGGGAGGUUCCCUUCAGUUUCUUUGUUCAAGGAGUAUCAGAAUGCGGCAAUGGCGAUUUUGGAGAAAACAGAUUACACUAUGAUUUCUGGGCAUCCGUUCAUCAAAAAGUCAGGUUGGAGGAAGAUAUCAUUUUACUUCAAUCUCUCCUUUGAGAUCAAAGACAAGACCAUUGAGUUUGAUGAGAACCGGAAUGUUCUGCGCGCUGAAUUUGUGGUUCGGGCACAUAUGCAGGGAGGGAGGUUCUCAGAUGGAUGGGGCGCGUGUGACCGGCGUGAGAAGAAAUUCAAUAAGCCAAAUCAUGAUAUUCCGAGUACCGCAGAGACCAGGGCCAAAAGCAAAGCAUCCCAGGACCUGCUAGGAAUUGGAGAGUACCGACCAGGUGCAAGCCAAUUCCACCAUUAACCAUCAUCAACAAGUUAGUUUUAUGGUAUAUUCUCGGAAUUACAUAUCGAAGCUCUUGUUGUCUUUUACCAUUUAACCAAAGCUUUAGAGAGCAGUAGAAUCCAAGUGAUUCGUGCAUCUUCUCAAGAGAUUUGUUGUGGCCACAAUGUCCUUCAAACUAGAAACUCAUCCAGGGACAAGAACAGUGUUCAGGUCCUAUCUUCCGCCACGGCGGGCACCGAUGCAAAUCAUGCAACUGUAGUUAGAUUUUACUGUAUACUGAUGUUUGUGAUAUUCAUAAGACAGACGAAAGAAUGAAUGUAAGGUGCUGUUGGAAAAUUAUAAAAGAAGUUCUGUUCAUACUA